AUGGAGUGAAAGUCCUGCAUUUUUUGUGUGUGAUUUUCUCCAUCAGCGGCAUCGUGCGCAUGGGUGCACCCCACUGGCCCACAGUCGUCUCAUCUCUGUCGGAUCAUGUGGAUUAUUUGGGUGUUUAUUCUGGCAGUGGCGGGUCCUGAUAGGAGCUGGGGAUGUCAGCUCCCCCGCGACUGGAGACCGCAGACAGAAGCGUGCCGUGCCGAGCUAGCGGAGAUCAUAGUCUUUGCCAAGGUGUUGGCACUGCACAAGGAGUCGUACAAUGUGUAUAACGACCUGCCGUCCGAUACCGAGCUGCUUUUCUCUGCAGAGAUUGAGCUGCUGUGCGACCAGGCGUGGGGCAGCAUGCUGGAGGUCCCCGCCGGCUCCAGGUUCAAUGUCACCGGUCUGGGCUACUUCACCUGCUUCUCCUACAGUGUCACCAAAAACAACAACUACUACUUCUUUCUAAGGAUGGAUGAGAACUACAACAUCAUCCCUCACGGAGUGAACUUCCAGGACCCCAUCUUCCCUGACACUGCAGAAAAUCACCGCAUGUUUUCCAGCCUUUUCCAAUUUGCCAACUGCACGUCUGAAACCCAGGUUCAUAACUACACCCCGGAGUGGGAGGCUCAGGAGGACAGCCGGUUGUUGUGCUCUGCGGUCCAGAAGGCUCUGUUUGAGGAAGAGGAGAAGGUCUGGACUCUCUCCCAGAAGGUGCGCUCUCUGGAGAAAGCCAACAACCACCUGAGGGAAAAGGUGAAGACCAUGAAACGUCUGCUACGCCAGGCCCAACGAGAAACAACGAAGGAGCAGCAGAUCCUCAGCCUCAAACAGCUUUACGAGUCAAAGACUUCCCAAACUCACCCUGAUCAGGACACUACCCAGGACCAGAGGAGCCAGCCACUAAAAAAGGCCCUCUCCAGGAAGCUAAAAAACUAGAGUACAAACAGUGGUGAUUCAUUUAGAGUAACUCCAUAGACUUUAAUUGUAAUCUCAUUACAUUUUCCACGUCUUCAAUGCAUUUACAGUAAUAAGUUUACUUCAAAAGCAACAGACCAAGUUUUGAGAAACUUCCGCUGCACAAUCAAAUUCGGCCAUUUUGUUUGUCCAGUUUUAUUUCCUGGUACAAUUGGACUGUGCCGUUGAAACUGUCAUCUACAAAGAGAGCACAUCUACUAUUUACAGCCUUAUCCUUAAUAUACUAAAGACUCUCUGUGUGUGUGUGUGUGUGUGUGUGUGUGUUUGUGUGUGUGUGUGUGUGUGUGUCUGUUUGUGAAAGAUUGUGACAAAUUGCGUCUCAGAUAAAUGAUUUGAACAGUUUCACAGGAGUAAGAAAUCUUCAUCUAAAUCUCAACUCUUAUUUCACCCUAUUAAUCCAAUUUGAUAUUUAUGUCUGAAUAACUUCUAUCCCCCCCACCCCAGCACAGAUAUUUUCAAAACAUCGGAUAGAGCUCAGAGCUGGCAGAUGCACUGUUGAACAAUGUGAGGUCAAUGUUAAAGCGUUGAUAAUUGAAUAUGUUGUUUCUUUCUGUGCUGGACACACAUUAUGCAUUGUAUAAAUAUUAGAAUUAUUUCUUACAUCAUGAAUACUAUUGUCAAAAUGCUCCAAACCACCAUCUUUUAAUGGUCCACACAUGGUCCACAAGGUAUUAGGAACAUGUCUCGUCUCUCUCAUAAUGCUCUGACUGUGUAUGUGUGCGUAUAGUUACAGAGAAGCAGCUGUGUCAAAGUUUAAAAAGCUGCAAGACUUAACAUUAUGUCACAUCAUACUUUUCUACCUUUGCCUGCUUUUUAUACUCACGUAAUUUAUACUCAAGAAACUAUCCCAAAAUGUAUGGUUCUUUAAAUUCAGUGAAUUGUUUCCUAAGAGUGCCUUUUUCCCCCAAGCUCUUCCUUUAUUGUUGUUGGGGUCCAAUGUUCAUACACAUUUUGCUGAAUGAAAGUGUAUUUUUUGUAUUUGAAAAUAGAGUGCUGAGCACUCAUUAAAUCCAGCCAGUGAGCCUGGCGUGGUACAGGAUUGGCUUUUUCUGUGUCAGAAAUGAAAGUGUUGCAUUUAUUAUAAUUUCUGUAUUUUCUUAUAUUAUGAUUUUGCUUCCUCUAAACUAUAAACAUAUGGUUUGCUUUGCCAAUAGCACAAUGUUUGUAACACAGGUAUUGUAGUUUUUUUUCAUAAAUAAAUGGACUUUU